GGACAAUCCGGCCUGUCCUAGCGGUGUCCUCUUCAAAUGUUUGUAUCUAGCUCGGUUCAAUGGUUUUGAAUAGAUAUAUCUGUUGUGAAAUCUGAAAUACCAGAGGGGGAAGCGCCGUGUCGGGUUUCUGCAGUAUGGUAGCUGUAGCCACACCUGUGUUUUGUUUUAGUGUGUCGUCGGCCACGCCACCAAGUCCUAUCGAUACGACAACACGUACGCAGACCCAUGUACUAAAUCUAAUCCUCACUGAAAGAAUUUACAACACACAUUUUGCCAGCGCUUGAUAUAGUUGAAGAGUGUGUAUGUAUUUAACCUGGGAUUUUUCAUGGAUAGUUUAGUAAAGGACACUGUGACAGCACAUUCUUAACACUGUGUAGGUAUAGCGCGCGCGAGCAGUCGGCCUGUUCAAAACCAGCUAACUUGUGCUAGCAGUCGAGUUUGCUGUGGGACGGAAUGAAAAUCGAAGUCGAGGAGAUCACGAUCGAUUGGGUUCGGCUAUUGUUGGUUUGAUGAUCGUCUCCCACACCAGUGCCUGGCUCACUCCAGCCUCCUCGGUCAACAUGGUGUGAUUGAAACCAUUGUCAGGAUUAUCUAAAAUGAAUACAGUAUGUUCCAAAUGUGGAAAACCCGUCUACUUUGCUGAACGUAAAACAUCGUUGGGUAAGAACUGGCACCCGUCAUGUUUGAAAUGUGAAGAGUGUGGCAAAAUCCUGGCGCCUGGUGCACAUGCCGAGCACAAGGGAUUGCCGUAUUGUCAUCGACCGUGCUAUGCUGCACUGUUCGGACCACAGAUGGUUGGUUAUGGAUCAAAUGUCCACUCUCCGGCCAACUACAGAAAGAGCGGUGACCACGGAACUCUGUAUAACGAGGAGCUGCCCUCCCUCGCCCCAAAAAUGGUUUACGAAGUUCACAUGAAUGCAAAAAAAUCAGAAGUGAUUCGUCGGAAGCCAAAAGUGUGUUCUAGUCAGACUGUAUUACCGUCUGUGGAGCCAGACCUAGAGGAGCUAUCGUCUAUACCACAGUUUGAUUCUGAAACACAAGAGCUACUGCAGAAGAUAAAAGAUUUUAACAACUUCUAUGAAGGAAAGAAGAAACAAUCAUUAUCAGCUAACACAAACAGUCCUGACCUAGUCAUACAGGGCCCCCUCAGGAUCUACUGGGGUAUCUUUAAACCUAUACAGCUACAGCGCUGUGACAAUGUGCCCUCCAAUCUGCACCAGACUAACUGGCGGCACAGCUUCAUCCCCGGGGACGUCCACCAAGGCAAGGGAGACAACCAUGUCAACAAUAAUAGCUUCCUUCAGGCUGCAGAGGAGCCGAGUCGGUCUACCUCCUCACGGGUACCCGACCUGUUGGAGAAUCUGCCUAAACUGUCCCUGGAGGAGCCGUCAUCCCCCAGCCAUGCCAAUAAAGGUUUUGACGACAGCAUUAUACAGACCCCGCCUGAUGGGGUGGUGAUGCGAAGGAAGAAUAUAAAAAAGUUCAACACAGUGGCAUACCGGGGAGAUUCGCGACCCAACAAGUGGAAACGGGCAUCCAUCAAUGGUCACAUCUACAACUUUGAUACACGGGUGUUCACACCAGUAAUGGGCAGCUGUACCAGUGUGACCGUGGACAGUACAUACAGCACGCCAGACGUCAUCAAAACACUGCUCGAGAAGUUCAAGAUUGAGAACCAGCCAAAUGAAUACUCAUUAUAUUUAGUAACAGAAAAUGGAGGAGAGAAGCUUCUGAGAGACACUGACAUUCCGCUGCUGGAGAGGGUGGCACUAGGACCUGAUGAGGUCUCAAAGGCCAAAAUAUUCCUGAGAGACAAGGUGGCCACACCCAGGAAGACUUCCCUGGUCCAGCUGGCAGUGCCGGAUGUAGUGGUGGAGGAGGAGGAGGUAGAGGAACCUGUGCCAAAACCGGAACCACGAUUACCACAAGAGGUGGAACAGCUGCUCUCUAUACCAGAGCCAGUACUGCGGGGCAUCCUCCAAAAGUUUAUCAAAGAUGAGGAGACCGAUAUACAGAACAUCCGAGCAAGAUUCUCGGUGGCAAAGAAGAGGAUCAAAGAGGAACUUGCCAAGAUACAAACAAAGAUGUGACCAUCAGUUGUGAUGUAGUGAACACAUUAAAUUAUUGACUUGUUUUUGUGAUACUCAACUGCAUUAUUUGAGAGAGAUUUAUUUACUCGCACGGCUGCUGUCUACGUCAGUGUUAUCCAGUGAUUGGUAGCUACAUGUACAACGUACCCGCCAACAGUCAUACACGGGAACCAUCCAACAAGGAAUGUAGAAAUCUUAGAUGAUAAAGGCAGUUAUAUCGAUCAUAAUGGCAAUCCUGAUAGUAUUCAUUAUUGAUUGAUUUACCUGUAUAAAAUGUAAUUUACAGGGAGAUGUUUAAAUGUUUUUAAUCUCUAUUUGACUAAAUUUAUCAUUUGAGUGAUGCCAUGUAUAUGUAUGUUAGUACGGGUGUUCGGGACCCACUUGUAUGAUUUUCUUUUUCUCUGUUUCAAUAUAAAAACUACAAAUCUUUGACUAAGGACUUGAGAUGGGGAAUUUUAUUACUAGAAACAUUUAGGAAUUCUUAUGAAAUUGUUUUAUAAAUCAUAGAAAUAAAGUCAUUUGGUAUUUUUUUUCACCAUGCUGAAGUAUAGCUGAUCUUUAACAAUUUUAUUAAUGUUUUUUUUUAAUAAUUUUUUAGACAAUUUUUAUUUAGUAAUCUCAUAAUUUACAUGUAUAUUACUCAUUUAAAAUAACUGUUUCAUUACUGAGAGUUAAAUUUAAAGAAUAUGUUAAACUAAAUUGAUCUCCUUUUAAUAUACUCAAUUUAUAAUUCACAUGUGGUUAAAUCUACUGCUGCACUCAAAGUCGUCCUGAUUUUCUCUCCAAAUAUUUUUAAUUUGAUUGUUUUACAUGUUUGAAUUUCUUUGUUUCCCAAAUUGUGAUAUGCAAAUUUGGCAUGUUUUAGAAUGAUGACGAAAAUAAGUUUCAAGUGAAGAGUUUGAAUGAUAUCCAAGUUAGUUUCUUCAGGAAAUUUAAUAGUGAUUAACAAAUUAUCGUACUCCAUUUGUAUAUGUACAUUAUUGGUAUAUUUUGAGCAAGAAGUUGAAACUCCUAUGAACUCUGUAUGUUAUAGCAGAACAUAAUAAUAGAUACUAAAGUUAUAAUCGAAUCUCAAUUCAAAAAUUAUUUCAACUUACCUAGGUAAGAUGAAUCCAUGCCUCAAUCACUGUGUAAGGGACAUAACUCUGUAAUCUUCAUUGUAGGUUAUUACGUUAAGCAGGAAGAACUUGAUUUUAUAAAUACUUUUGUAAAUUGGUAUUUAUGGGUUUGUGCCUUGGUUUUCAUCAGACAUUCAAGAAACAAAGAUGGUUGUGACCAAAGUUAGAAAAAAUCUAAAUUUUUUAAUCAGUAGAACAUUUUGUACUUAAUACCUACCAUGCAUAUCUUAUAGAAUUUUUGGAUCUUUUGAUAACGUUGUUGUCUUCAUAUUAUUUCAGUGAAUGUUGUGUGAAUGCAUUUCAAAGUGAUCCACUGUAUACCACAAAUACUCACGAUAACAGUCCACGGCCACAAUAACUCCUGAUAGACAGUGUAAGACUCGAUAACAGUCCACGGCAAAAAUAACUCCUGAUAGCCAG